GCGUCUCUUUUGAGUUGCACAAAGUAAAGAAAAACGCUGCAAAGUUCAGAGAGUUUAGCGUUUUCCUUCGCCGUAGCGAUGUUUUGAACCGGCAUAACACAACAUCGGCUAACAUUCAACUCUCAGCAGCAUGGCCGACGUUGACGAAGCCUGCAAAAGCGUCAUCGCUUGGGUGGAAGCGGCCGUGUCUCCUACGACAUCACCCGAACGGAGAGCGGAGGCUUACAACGCGUAUGAAGAUUUCAAGGAAAAGUCGCCACUGUGUGCGAAGUGUGGUUUUGUGCUUGCGGCUAAGGGUAACCAUGCCGUCGUGCGCCACAUCGGACUGCAGCUUGUGGAGCAUUGUAUCAAGCUUCGCUGGAACGUGAUUACGAUUGCUGACAAACAGUUUAUCAAGGAGAGCGUUAUGAAGAUGAUGGCAGAGGGAACAGACCACCUUCUCGUGGAGCAGUCCCACAUCAAGGACGCACUCGCAAAGUUGCUCGUCGAGAUGAUCAAGCGCGAAUGGCCUCAGCAAUGGCCGCUGCUCAUGGACGAGCUGAACAACCUGGCUGUACUUGGCGAGACGCAGAAAGAGUUGGUGCUGCUGACAUUUCUGCGGCUGGCCGAGGAUGUGGUGGACCUUCAAACGGUGCAGGGACAGCGCAGGCGAGACCUGUACCAGGCACUUGUGGCAAACCUGUCAGCCAUCUGCGGCUUCCUUGUCCGCACGCUCGACACUCACUACACUCGUUAUCGUGACCUGAGGGACCAUCAGAAAGCGGACGAAAACAACCAGGAGCUGUCUCUGCACCGGCAGCUGACUGAGACCACGCUGCUAACCAUGGCGGGCUUCGUGGAGUGGAUCCCUUUGGGCGAGGUGACGGGAUCGGGCGGCCUGUUGCCCCGCAUCUUCUGCUUCCUGCUCUCGGACAGGAACCUGCGCAUUCAGGCUGCUGAGUGCCUCCUGCAAGUACUUGCCCGCAAGGGAAAGCCAGACGAGCGAAAGCCGCUGCUGGCUCUGUUCAACCAGGAGACGUUGGAUGCCAUCGUCUCUGCCCUGAAGUCUGUGUCCAGCGAGCCCUUGAAUGAGGCCUCUUUCCUCUUCAUGAAGAAGCUGUGCUCGAUCACGGCCAAUCUCGGACAGAACUGCCUAACACACUGGAACAUGGAAGCUGAGCGGCCCUCGAUGGAACUCUUUCUAGUCUACCUGGAUGUCUUGUUGUCCCUGAUGCAGCAUCCAAGCCAGGCUGUGAACAGCAUCACCCUGCCAGUGUGGGCGGCCCUCUUUCGACAUCCCGAAGUCUCACGCCUGGAGAUUGUGCGCAACCUGCUUCCGAAGUUCUUCAAGGUAGCCACUGAGAAGUUAACAAAGGUCGGUUAUCCUUCAAGAAACGACAGUCCAGCCUGUGCAUACUCCCAGCUGGACUUCGACGGCGACGAGGACUUUGCAGUUUUUCUAGGGAAAUUCAGGGUGGACAUUACGGAGGUCGUUCGCCUGGCCACCUUACUGAACCCCAUAGCCGGCUUCCAGAUGGUGAGCCAGUGGCUGCAGACACUGCUCGCAGCCAGAAUCGAAGUGGGAAAUGAACCCGACAACGGCCACUGUUCACCCAACUCGCCAUCCAGCAUACGUUGGGACGCCCUCACCGUGUUCAUGGAUGGCGUGUUCAGCCGGUUCCUGUCCUCCCCUAACCCCAAGCCAAGUGCAGAAGAAGGCAUCUUCUUGCUGGAGUCCCUACUUAAUUUCGAAACAGAGGACCCAGUGAUCCAGUCCUAUGCCCUGUCCUGCAUAUCCAACUUAGGUGUCUUCCUCACGCUUGCACCAGGAAGUCUACCCAAGGUCCUCAACAAGCUUUUCUCCUGUGCUGUCUUCACGUUGCCGAACCAGCCAGCAAUUAUCCAGAGCCGUGCUUUGCGCAACCUGAGACGCCAUGCGUGUGCUGGACUGGUCAAGUUGUGCCACCUCUACCCAAAGCUCGUCAUGCCCUGCUUUGACCAGAUCUACUCUUCAGUGAAGAGGAUACAAACACAAGACAAACUGAUCUCGCAGCUCGAAGCGUGCACUCUGAUUGAAGCACUGCUUGUUUUGAGCAAUGAAUUCAACGAUUACGAGCGGCAGUGCAAGUUCAUCAUUGAGGUUGUUUCGCCUGCCACAGGCCUAUUGGCAAGGGAUGAAAUGAAAGUGGUGGCAUCCUCACCUGAAGGAUUCAUGUCAUUUUUGGGUCUCACCGAAGCACCAGUGGAGGUUACGGCCGAGGACAACAGUGGAUAUAACCGCUCCCAGCUGCUGCACUGCAUGAAUAUCUUCAUGGCUCUCAUCAAGCGGUGCCGGUGGCCCGACGACGUUGAGGUGGCCAAGAAAGGGGGCUUCUACUGCGAGGGCAGCGAGACUUAUCAUUCCGCAUAUUUCCGGAAUCCAGCGACACCUUACGUAGUGUCACUACUGCCAAUCGUGGCUCAGUUGCUAAGGACUUACAACCAGUUUUGGAGUCCAGAAGCACGUGCCAGGGUGCAUCCGGCAUUCGCUCCAGCCCUCGACAUACAUGACAGUGAGAAGAAUUGCAUCUUGGGUGUUCGAGCCGAGGGAGAGUCAUCAGACACCUCGGGUUCAAAGCAGCCCAUCGACCGAGCAAAGAGCUUCAUGUUCAGCUUUCAAGACUAUUGCUUGCAGAUCCUGGGCAAUGCGGGACAGUCAUUGGGCCCCGAGUACUACCAGACACCGGGUUUAUCGGAAAUGCUUGUCAACGGAGCGUUGGCAGGUCUCGACCUGCUUCCAGACUACAGGCUGCGACCUAUUCUGCGCACGCAUCUUUUAAGGCCCUUCGUGCAGCACUGUCCGGCCGAGCUUCAGCCCACGGUUGUGCUGCCCCUGCUUAAGCCUGUGCUUCCCUUUGUGUUUCAGAAACUCAAUGUGAAGUGGGAGAAGUUCAGGCUGAAAUAUGGUAAUAGUGUCGACUAUGAGACAGAAAUGACUGAGGAACAGGAACUGUUGGACGACCAGCUGAACCGUCUGCUAUCACGUGAAUACCUUGACGUUUUGGCGGCCGUCCUGCUGACCAAGCGAGGCCAGCAAGAUGCCAGCCUCGAUAGCAUGAACGAGGACCAGGAAGGAAAACAGGUGGACUCAAGCGCGGCAACAAUCUCUGCAUUCGGAGCUGCCAUUCUCAAAACAGAGGAGCUGUGCUCGCCCAUCGUGAUGGCUGUGUUCAACGCCUUGCACUGGUCUGACACAGCUGCAUCCUUCAAGGCCUUGCAGCUGAGCAUGCCCUUGCUGAAAGUUAUGUUUGAGCACGGAUUUGUCCGAGACGAAGGCAGUGCAGCAUACCUGCUCCGGUGCGUGCUGAUGGGGCUGCAGGUGCUGGGCGAGCACGACAUCAACCAGACCCUGCUGGUUUCUCUCGGACUGGCCUUGUACCAGGCCGCGCGGCCUCUCUUUCCGGGACUCUGUACCACCUUGCUCCAGAUCCCGGGAUGCACUCCGGAGGCCCUGGAGGCCUUUGAAUCUAAGCUCCAGCCCCCAGGUGACGGGAAAGCCCUGCCCGAGAAGAAGAAGAAGGACCUCUUCAAAAGGCUAAUCUCGCCUAUCAUAGGGAAGAACAUUGGUCAACAGUUCAAGGCAGCCAUCCAGAUUAUGAACCUGCCUCCGAUGUUCCGGCCUCAGAAGAUGGCUGUAGAAGACGAUGCCGUGGACAAUGCCGGCCUGCCCACCCUCUUUGGGCAGGAGCAGGCAUAACUGCGCGCUUUCCGUCAUCUGCUCGCGACAUUCCUCGCCUAGGGCCAUCGCAUUUCCCUACUUACGGGACAAGGCAUAGGGUUUCGUCAUCAACCGUGAAACCUUGAGAGUGUGGAACUUCUGCAUGCGCAGACUGAUCUUGGAUGCCAUGAUUUUUCCGUUGAGUUUUAUAGAGAGAUGAGUCGUUGGAACACUAGCACUGCAGUUGGUCAAUGACCAUGGAAGUGAUGAGCAGCGCAGGCUCUGGAUUGACAUUUGUUGACUCACGUGCUGCGAUAGCUGAUGAACUUGUCUGAUUCUGCGAGGCUUAUUCUCGUCUGCUCAUUUCAGUUCCCAGUUUUCUUGUAACUCGGUAUUGGCAUGGGAUUUCCACGAAUUUGCGCAUAAUAUUACAUGUGUCUUUAUUUGACAGCCCUUCACAAAGCAGUUUUGUAACAAAGUGUUAGCUCUGCCAUUUGUGAACAAUAUUAUUAAAUAAGCAGACGUCAAUUUACAAGAAAAAUACUGACAAACUUGCAAGUUUGCAACAGUUAAAGUCGUGUGCUACAUUUCUGGGGAUAAAUAUUGCGCAGUAUGUGCACUAUAAAACAUAUAUUAGUAACAUAUAGCACUGGCUUUCUUGUAAAAAAAAGGCAUUUCAGCAGCCAGAGAGUGCCAUAUCGCUCACCAAGCCAUAAGCCAAGCCAAGCCAUGUUUCUUCUCAUCACUCCCAUGCUUGUUGAAAACAGGCUGAUGAAAUACGCAUAGAUGCCGGCGCCACAAUUUUCUAUCUGGGGCAAAACUCGGUGGGGUUAAAGAAUUUGUGCCAUCACAUCCUGAAUGUCACACACUACGUGUGAUUACUGUGAAGUGUCGUUCUAUUGAGGUUUCUGGGUGGUUCAGAUGUUCUCUUAAGGUGCUGACAGUAGUCACUAGAGUGAGAGUUUAGGCGUGAAGUGGACGUGAUAGCUCGUCACGGAUGGCUAUUCCUCGUCUUGAAAGGAAUUUUGAAUGGUUGACUUCACCUGACGGCGUGGCAGCUCAGGGGAUUUGACCAGUAAGAUUGUCACCAAGCAGAUGUGCAAGUUACUUGCAGAGAAAUGGUAGCUUUGUACAGAAAAAUUGCCAUAGAGGUUGAUCACAGGACAAAGGCUCUGUGUCAACACGUUUUGCAUGUCACAUUGCAGAAUAUAGUUGCUGUGAAACACGGCUGCUGAGGAUAUUUCUAGAAUCUUGCCACAGAGUUUGUUUUUGUUUAGGGUAGGAAUUCCAUUGGACUCCUAUUUGAUCAGUCCAAAUGUUUACAGGUAGCCCUUGGUGUGCUGGGCCAGUUCAUGACUUAACUAUAGGAUAGUUGUGAAUGAAACGAAUGCAUCAAGGGUUGUUUCCAUUCAUGACAUGAGCUCAAUUUAACCUGUGCCACAGUUCUUCUCGUUUGAAGUGGUUAUUAAACCACGCCUCAUGUUCUCUUAGCACCAAUAUGUUCGUGCCAUGAUGAAUAUUAAAUUAAAAUGCCUUGAUAUACUAAUUCACUUGUACAGUUAAACCUGGAUAUAACGAAAUUGACAACCAAAAACUUCGUUAUAAAAAGGAUUUCGUGAUAUGCAGGAUUCGGCACGAAAAUUCGAAAAAGAAACGCUUACUGUAUUUACUCGAUUCGAACACGCCCUCGAUUGUAACGCGCAACCGUUUUCCGUUUUCGUCGAAGCACUCAUCCUUGGAAUGUCACACCAGGUACUGGAUGCGUAGACGCGUGUCGUUUCGCACAAGCGCGAGGCGUCGGAAACGAAGAGCGAGCGACACAAUGGCGUCGUAGCGUCGUAUAGUAUCACCUAGUGUCAGGUUAGUGAAGUGAAGCGCAGAGACUUACGCAGUAACCAAAGAGUGGCGCUGCCAGCGCAUUGAAAAUCGUUUUUUUUUUUUUUUUUUUCUUUGGCAACAUCAACUGGAAAAGGAGAGUGCCGGCUUGGCGGUCUAGGCCAGCUGUAGCAAGCGGCGGGAUCAGGUUUGAAUGAAGGGAGGGGGAAAGGUCACGCCCGUGGCAGCAAGAUCGCCGGGUCGAGGGAUGCAGGCCCGCCUCGCGCACGCUUGCACGCACGCACACGGCACACGUGCGCUCGCUCUCGCCUCACAGUCGCCGUGAAUUCGAGCGCGCCAAGCGCGACGCCGCCGCUUCACAUUCCGUCACGGCGGAGAAGGUGCUUCUGGUUGCUGCUCGCGCAAAAAUGGCAAAAUUUGGGGCAAAAUCUCUAGGUUGUUGGCGGGAACAAUUCGUUAUUUCGAGGGGUCUCCUGCGGUCACUUCUUCGCUGUAGAGGUCUCAAAUACAUGUGCUUCUAUAGAGUAACGGCGGGGAAUAGAAAAACUUCGUUAUAUCCAGGAAUUCGUUAUAUGGAGGUUCGUUAUAAGCAGGUUUAACUGAAUAAGAUUAUCCAUCUUGUUACAUUCAACUUGUUUGCAUAUUCUGUGCACAUUUCUCAAACUGACGAGAAGUGCUGAUUUUGUAAUUUGUUGUCUGAUGCUCGAGUUUUGCUUAUUCUGUCUGCAGAGCAUGUAUAGGGGGCUAGGAUGAUUACUGAUUUAUCAGUUAGGCUACCUCAUAACACAGUCAUUUUAAUUGUAUUACGUACACAAGUUGUUGGCGAUAAAAAGUUAGAGUCACAGUCUCUCUAGUGAAGGUUUCUUUAGAAUGCAAACAGAGCAGCUCAUGUACCAAAUGUUGUGAUAGCUACAAUGACAUUUCUAAGCAAACUUGAUAAGAAAUUUAUUUGCACAAAAUUUAGUACACAAACUGCUCCAUUCACAGUCAAAGAAAGCUUUUCAGUGAAUCUGCGUCUGGUCAUACCGAAAAUGUUUUUAUGCAAAAUAUAAUAAAAUAAAGAUAAGUUAUUAAGUGCUCAGAAUUUCUUACAACCUGCAUUUCCUCCAGUGCACUUGCUUCAGCAACCACUGUGCAUCCACUGUACAGAACCACCCCAACAGCUCAGUUUCCACGUCAGCCAGCUGACGUGGAAACUGAGCUGUUGGAGCGUUGCCAGAACACUAAAAGUGCUUGUUAAAGAACGACAUGCCCCAGCCAUAGUUCGUAACCUCUAUUUUAACUCAAAUUUUACAGGGAUAAUGACAGACCACACUUUAAGGAAGUUUUUUUUUUUUUUUUUUUUUUUUUUUUUUUUUUUUUGUCAGUCUGGCUGGAAACUUAUGGAAAAGGGACGCUUUUCUUUUCCCUUUUAUGUAUUAUUUCCAACCAAACGUGAAUUACUGAGUAGGUGGCAGGAAUUCCGUUUUAAGUUUCAAGUUUAUUAGCGUAAAUUCAUAUGCAGUAUGUAUGGGCUAAACAUAAUACGUUUUCAGGAGGAGGCCGAAAAGCGAAGAUUGCGAGAGAGCACCUUUAAUCAUAAUUUGAUAAAAGUUAAAUGCAACAUUCAUCGUGUGGUUGGAGCUUCAAAAGUGUUGCAGGGUGAGUCGUGUCACCACUUCUUGAGGUCUCUUGUGCGCAAUGUUGGGGCUAAGUUUCAGCUGUGUACAGACAAUGCCUUUGUCAAGCUUACUGAACUGGUUGGUGCUAAUGGCUGUGUCAAGGGCUGCAUUAAGUUGACUUAACUGCGUUUGCGUGUGCGUCCAAAGCAACAGUACUUUAAAAUGUGUCCUUAAUGCAUGUUUGUCAAGUCAGUCGUGAAAGUUCUCGUACCAUUUUUGUACUGCACCACGUUUGUCAAGCAACUUAAGUCCUUGUAGGAUCUAUACAAUUAUCCACAAAACUUUCUGGGACACACGAGGAAGAGACUAAGGAGACUUCGUUUCAAUUGGGAAAAGACGAAGGAAUGAUGUCAGAAGGUAGGCAACUUUGGUGUGCAGCCUUGUAGCAUGCCCUAAUGAUGGUAAUCAACGCAGCUGCAAAAAUACAAGAUCAGCGCAAGUGACCAAGGAUGAGCAAGACUGUGGCAUGCAGUGUUGUAGAUUACGAACGUAGUCAUAACUAAACUGGCGCAUGUCAUCCCUACUCUUAGUGAUCAUUCAGUGGGCAGUUGUUGCUUGUAAAGAAUUAUCUGCUUUCGCUUACAAUGAGUCAUGUUUAUUCUGAAAGUGACUGAUGAAACUUGGAAGGGUUUUUUCAUGCUACAGGAAAUAAUGCCACGCCGACUUACCAUAAGAAGAAAGAGUUCAAAAUAAGUCAGCAUGUUUGCUAUUGCCAUGUUUCUGAACUGCAGGACUGCAUGUCACUUCAUCGUUCAAUGUUCAUCAGUUACAUGUCCUAAUAACUUCAUUGUGUUUGUUUCCAUAGCAUUCAAUUUGUGAGCUCGCGCUUAGACUGCAAAGAAACCAUUUCUUAUUGGCUCCCUUACAGAAACAUUAUUUUAGUUUUGUUAGAGUUUUCAUUUUCUUUGUUGUUUUAACAUUGUGUGUGAGGGUGAAGCACAUAAAGCAAGGGGUGAUAAGCUGUUGCGCACAUUGUUUCUUUGUAUUCUGAAGUUGUAUUAACUUUUCAUAGACAACUAUAUAUACUCAGCCAGUUGGGUGAAAUUUUUUGUUAGCAGUUGUUUAUGUUGCAUUGUAAAUUCCUUCUUCGACAUUACCAGUUUUCUUUCAGAAUAAGCAUUGUUCAGGUGUUUACAGGUGCUUUUACGGUGUAUCAGCUGCAAUAGAAGCAUAUUUUUGUACAUUCUUGCUUUUGUGAUAUAAACCAUCGUCAUGUGUGAAAUUAGGAGAAACUGUAAAAGUGAGCUCUUUUAGUCGAUAUGCUGUUCCUUUGUUUUUUCGUCCUGUGGUGAGAACGUGCAGUGUGAUAAUGAUAGAGCUGCCGCGAGUCUUUUGCUGCUGAAUCAUGUGAGUGUUGUUUGCACGUGCCGUGUAGUUUUUCCCACCCUGUUCAUAAUCGUGUCUAAAUGUGUGUGCAAGUAUUGGCCCUUUUUUCAAUCUGAGCAGCUGCAUCACUGCAAUAUGUUAUUGCAUCUUCAUCAUUACAGCUGCAGAAGGGUGGUGUGUUAAUAUAGCCAUGUGUGCUUGCAAUAAAGCAUCUGAAGUCAAU